UGAUUGCGACGACCUUGACGCCUAUCACAAGACACAACCGCAACGCGGCGCAUGCUGUACCUUGUUUGCAUUUUUUUUGUUGUUGUGAAGAGUCUUUUGUUCGGUCGGUCACAUCGGUUCGGACAAGAAAACAGAGUAGUCGGUGUACCCGGUCGUAUACCUAUUAUCCGCGGUAUUUAGAUACAACGUACUUUCCGUGUUGAACUACAGUGAAAUGCGAACCUGGUCUGAAAAAUGCGCUAAUCCAAUACACGCCAUCCAAUUGGAGUGUUAUAUCGCAAGAUAGUUAUACCAAACCGUAGAGAUAGGGUGAAGUGAGCAGAUAAAAAAAAAAAAAAAACAACUGUUGUCGUUAAGAUUGCUGUGCGGUGUUAGAAGCAUUCAUAGCAAUCUUAUACGUACACACAUAAGUGGACGUAAGCUUUGGACUGAGCAUUACAUCGUUUAAAAUAGUAACAUGAGUGCGUUGCACAUGAAGACAACGCCGGUUCCGUACGACGUGCAAAAUUCUACAUUAUUUGGCCACGGAUGGUUUGACGCUUCCGACAUAAACAUGAUGCAGUCCGCUGUCACAAUGCUAUUUUCAGCUCAUUAUCAGCCAGUGAUUAUGUCUAUGAUAGGGUCUAUAAUCGUAGGCCUGAGUGGACUGUUUCCAUUGCUCAUAUUACCAGUCGAUGACACAAUAUCUUUAAAAACAGGAUCUGGAAGUAAGAAUUUACGUUUAUUAUUGAGCUUUUCUGUUGGUGGUAUGUUGGGCGAUGUAUUCCUACACGUUUUGCCUGAAGUCUGGAAAGAAGUCUCCUCUCAAGACAAACAUCACGAUUGGAGCCGUGACGGCUGGUGGGUUCUUACUGGUUUAUUAGUGUUUAUUAUUGUUGAAAAACUAUUUUCUCUUUCUGACAAUGAAGACAAUGCACUCACAACUCAUGACAUUGCUAAUACUCCAGCUGUCACAACUGUCAAUAAUAAUCAAAAAGAUCUCAUAAAGAUAGUGAAAAGCAAUGACUCGUUGUACAAAGGGCCACCUAAUAUACUAAUAAGUGGCUACUUAAAUUUAUUUGCCAAUUGCAUUGAUAAUUUCACACAUGGUUUGGCGUUGGGUGGAAGUUUUUUGAUAUCUCCACGCGUUGGAUUAUUUACUACUUUGGCAAUACUUGUUCAUGAAAUUCCACACGAAGUUGGCGAUUUUGCAAUCCUGUUGAAAUCCGGCUUUAAUCGGUGGCAAGCUGCAUGUGCUCAAGCGUACACGGCAUCAGCUGGUAUGUUAGGUGCCUUGACUGCCAUUUAUUGCAGUGGCGUAUCUGGUGAUGUUGAGGCAAAAACAUCAUGGAUUAUGCCAUUUACUGCUGGUGGCUUUUUACACAUAUCUUUAGUGACUGUACUGCCUGAACUUUUAACAGAAGAAAAUGUUAAAGAAUCAAUAAAACAAUUUACAUUAAUAUUAGUUGGCAUUUGUGUAAUGUUUGUUAUGUCUAGUCUGUUUGAGUGAUAACAACAACGACUCUUUGUCUUUUCACCUCUCCCACCAUAUGCCUCUUGAAAAAGACUAUAAAUGAUUACAUUGUAUAAUCACGUUAUAAAUUACCCAUUUAGAUGAUUUUAAGUUAUUAUUAUUAUUUUGUACUUGUAUUAAUCAUAAAGACUACACUAAAAAUGCCAGGAGGAAAAUAUAAGUAACGCUUUAGUUACCAAUUAAAAUUAAAAUUAUAUAAAGUAGACACUUCAUUUUCUUUUCUCCCUAAGCAUAGGUUUAUAAACAAAUUGAUUUUUUGGCUGUGUAUUUAAUUAAAUUGUUAUUUUUUAGUUUUUUUUGUCAAUUUUACAAAUUAUUUUUGUUACUUGAUAGAAUUGUAUUUUUUAUACUUAAGCCAUAAUACAAAUCAAUUUUUUAUCAUAUAAACUUUUGUUAAUGCAACUGUAUAACGAACUAAUUUUAUAUAUACUUAUAACAUGUUGUUUUGACCUAUUAUGUGUUAAGAAUAUCAAA